AUGACCAUGUUGCCAGCCCAGGAGGCGGCCAAGAUCUACCACACCAACUACGUGCGCAACGCCCGCGCGGUAGGAGUGCUAUGGACCGUGUUCACCAUCACGUUCGCAGUUAUCACGGUGGUGGUGUUCAUCCAGCCCUACUGGAUCGGGGACAGCGUCAACACGCCCCAAGCCGGCUACUUUGGCCUCUUCCACUACUGCAUCGGCAAUGCGCUCACCUCGGAGCUCAUCUGUAAAGGCAGCGCUCUGGACUUUGGCUCCAUCCCGUCUGGGGCCUUCAAGACGGCAAUGUUCUUCGUGGGCAUCUCCACGCUGCUGGUGGUGGGCAGCAUCGUGUGCUUCAGCCUUUUCUUCUUUUGCAACGCCGGCAGCGUGUACAAGAUCUGCGCCUGGAUGCAACUGGCCUCCAGCGCUUGCAUGGUGAUCGGCUGCAUGAUUUAUCCUGACGGCUGGGACUCGGAGGAGGUGAAGCGAAUGUGCGGCCAGCGGACUGACAAAUACACCCUGGGCAACUGCACGGUGCGCUGGGCCUAUAUCCUGGCCAUCAUCAGCAUCAUGGACUCGCUCAUCCUCGCCUUCCUGGCCUUCAGCCUGGGCAACAGACAGGACAACUUGCUGCCUGAGGACUUCCAAGUGGAGGAGAAAGGUACCAGCACUUAGGGGAGGAUGGGGUGGAGGACAUAAUAUGCACUGAAAGGAAUACAGAAGACUUGAGGAGGUAGAAAGUUUCUUAAUUCAUUGCGAUGACUCGAUUUCUGUUGUUUUUUUUCUCUUCACUGCAGACAAUGCAUGAAUCUACCGGAGACCGCCCACGAAGAUCAAAGUUCUCACGGAUUCCCUGCAAAUCCAAAUGUGACGUGGAAGCAAGUGGCAAAUCAUUAUUAUCAACUUUAUUUUAACACAAAACGUGAAUUAGACCAAUAGCAAAAAAAGAAAACAUCGGAUGUACUCGUGUUCAGUGUCUUUUGUCUUUUGAGCAAUGAUGAGUCGAGUCAGGUGCUCAAAACAGACGUUUAGAAACAUUUUAUUCUUCUUUACCUACAGAAAAUAAAUUUGGCUGAACAGGAGAACCUUUAAGAACCUAUGAGCAAGUUUAUUUUGAGCCGUGUGCGUACGACGGGUGGAUUGCUGUAGCUAGAUUAUUGAUGUGAGUAUCGCCUUCAAAGACUCCCUAAAGACAACUGCGUAGGCCCAGUUUGAAUAUCGUGGGUUUUGAUGACAUUGUGCAAAGCUGAAAACAAAACAAAAAAUUCAUAGCAAAACUGUAUAAAGACUGAUCCUCUUUCCUCUGUGUACAAAUGUAGAAAUGUUUUCUAGUCCUUUCCGUGGCGGUCAGGUUCUUUGAGGGAGUUUGACCACUAAAGAUAUAAAUGAUGGCACGGCUAAAGCAAUGGUAAACAAGACUGCACGUAUUUGGCUUCUU